AUGGAGACUCGCCUGGGCUGGCUGCCGCUUCCACUUUGCGCUCUUCAAGAGAUUGGCGCGGGCUUGGGCGUGGCGGGGCAAGGACGCGCCCCAAACGUUAGCGGGGUCUGGGCCCAAGCAGCCGCCGCGCAGGCGGCCCAGCUGGAGAACGCAAUGGCAGGAGCGGCAACAACGCUGGUGCACUGGCCUUGCGGGCUGGCGGCGCCGGCAGAUGUGGACUUUCUAGCCAAGGUGGAGGCUGACUGGAACAUUGCACCAGGGCACCUUGCGCCAAACAACCUUCUCGCCGAUUAUUUGGAUGAGAAUUGGGGCACCAUAAGUUGGCGGGCGGCCUUGGCACGCAACAGCAGCCUGGCCGAGCUUGGCAUGCUGGGAGAUGUGCUGCGGGACGCUUCUCUGGUCCUGCCUCGCUUGCACGGAGAGCACAUGGGUGCUGAGGUAGCUGGCGUAGAUGCCCAGUUUGGACUAGUUGUGCAUUUUUUCUGGCAGACGCACGAAGCUGCCUUCUUUGUGCCGGAAAUCUUUUCUGACCCCAUCGGGCUUGGGGCGAUGUGCCGGCGGGCACGGAGCUCUGCAGUUUGCGACUAUGAGCGGAUGGAGACGGAGUGCUUAGCGGCCAGCGGCCGCCGCUCUAUUCUGCAGCGCUUGAAGGCGAUGGCGGACGACAACCUUCGGGGCAUCGCUUUGGAGCUGACCCCUGCAGAGUUCCGCGGUCAUUUCCAACGCGGCCUGGCCUCCGCGCAGCGGUUCUGCCUCGGCUUCGACGGGGAGGCUUCUGCGGCUUGCUUCUUCUGCGACCCGGAGGCUGUGGCGGCCAAGGUGGACGCGCCGGGCGGACGGCGCGAGGUGGCGGGGCUCUUGCAGCAGCUCAGCCCGGCGGCCAAGGCCAAAGCUCUGGCUGAACGCAUCCCCGAAGACGCGCGGAGGGAAAUCCUGGAGGCUCUUCACCACGGCGCCGCUGCGCGGCGGCCGCGGUCACAGGCCUCCCCAAGCGAGCUUCAGGAGCGCUGGGCACCGGGCUUGGCCCAGAGGCAGAGCGCCAAGGCGCCGGCCACCGCAGCGCAGAAGAAGGCUUACCGCGAGCAAGUCUUGGCCGACCGAGCACGCGGUCGAAAGCAUGCCGGGCGCAUCCCAGAGCGCGCAGCGCGCGGCGCGGAAGUCUCCAACUCCCCGCCAGUCCCGCCUGCCAAGCGCUCGGCCAAAGCUGCUGGGUUGGAGCGCUGGGCCCUGCGCAACGCCUGGGCGCAGUGCCGCGCUUGCGGUCAGAUGCUGCCUCGCGACCUGACGCAGAAGGCAUUGGCCCGGGCCCAGAAAGUCACGGCCCCCUCAUCGCAGUGCCCGCG